AUGGCGGCUUCUUUCAAUGCUAACAAUGGUAGUCCGUCUCAACCUAAUUCGUCCAUCUAUGCUCAACCUCAAAACACAAAUCUUUUACCUAAAUCUUCUCGUGUUACAUUUACGCACUCUCUUUUUAAAAGACUCACUCGAAUGGUCGGAUCUGAGACCACUGCUCAGAUCUGGAACUCUCUUUGUGAAUACUACACAGCUCAAAAUAAAGCUAAGAACAUGCAAUACAAGACUAUGUUAUGCAAUACUCGCAUGACCAGAUCUCUUGAUGAUUAUCUUCUCAAAAUCAAAUUAAUAGUUGAUACCUUAGCCUCUAUUGGUCAUCUUCUUUUUGCUCAAGAUCACAUUGAAGCCAUCAUCAAUGGUUUGUCCAAAGAUUAUGAAGUCUUCAUCACUUAUGUGAACACCAAAUUUGAUGCGUAUACAGUGGCAGAGAUUGAAGCUCUUCUUAUGUCUCAUGAAGUUCAGAUGGAGAAAGGUGCCAAAGAGCUCGACAUUCUCAAAAGUGAAACUAACAUUUCUCAAUCAAAAGCUUUGACGGGAUCUCGUGGUGGCUACAGUAUUGGCUCUUCCAGUGGUCAUUCUAACACACCUCCAUCAGCUUUGGGCAGAGCUCCUUACCCAAGUUAUGCCAUCUAUGGAGUUGGAUAUGGACCACCAGGUUUUGGUCAACCUUCUUAUGGCACACGCCUAUGGAUAUAA